GACGGCAGGAUAGACGGAGGAAGGGAGAGAGAGGAGGGAGAACAGGGAUAUACACAGAUCAAAGGUAACAGGGCAACAUCUCCACUUCCCGUCCAAUCGGUGGGCUCACACAGCUGCCGCUCUGCGGGGCGCACAUCUGGGGGGGACGCCAUGCCGACUCGAGUCCCGAAAUGGAACAUUACUGACUUCCUCUAAACCGGGAGAUUCUGACGCUUGUUAUCGGGAAGUCAGGAACUGAGGGGACGCUAUGUUUGGGGACCCAGGCUCACGCAGUAGCCUGUCUUUGGAUCUUGAUAUGAGUUGGGGUAUUGUUCUACAAGCCUAUCGAUGCCUGACAAUAGACGGAGAGGAUGAUACCAGGCAUAGGAAUCCAUUGCAGGAGUGGGGGGAAGAGGUGGAAGAAGGGGCGGUAUAUGGUGUGACACUGAGGCGGGUGAGGACAGAAAGACCCUCUGGAGAAUUCCUGGUCAGCCCCGGCUCUCCCGGCUCUCCCGGCUAUGUUCAUUAUAAGACGUGUAAGGUGCGCAGCCUGCGUGCUGGGACGCUGCAGAAGCUGGUAGAGAAUCUAUUGGUGGAAUACCAGGGUACAGAAUCUAGCUAUGUUCCCACUUUCCUCAGUACCUACCGUGCCUUUACCUCUGCUGAAAAGGUCUUGGAGCUGCUACUGGACAGACGUGUGGAAAGAUUGGGUGACAAGGAAUCCGCAUCUCCUGGGAGCCCUGUUCCAGACACGGCAUCUGUGCAGAGGGUGGUCCGUGGCCUCCUCCAGACCUGGCUGGAGAGACACCCUCAGGACUUUCGUGACUCCCCACAGUGUUUACAACUCGUCUCCCACUAUCUAAGCCAGGACUGUCGAGAGACACCCAGCCAGCUACUCCGCCUUCUUAAAAGUCUAGAAGAGGAGGGAGAGCAGGACCCAACGCAGAACGAUUGGAGGCAUAUUACCCGACCAGCAGAGGGAGACUGUGAACCCUCUGCACAUAGUACUUCCUUAUUGUCAAACCCACCCCAGGAUGUGGCAGAACAACUAACCCUCAUAGAUGUGGAUCUCUUUCAAAGACUGCAGUCCUGCCAUUGUCUGGGAAGCAUUUGGUCGCAACGUGACAAAAAGGAGAACAAGCACGUGGCCCCCAGUAUUAGAGCUACAGUUGCCCAAUUUAAUGCAGUGACAGCGUGUGUGACGGCAUCCGUCCUGAGCGACAUUCAGCUGAAACCCCAAGUGAGGGCAAAAGUGCUGGAGAAAUGGAUUUCUAUAGCCCAGUACUGCAGGUUUUUGCGGAACUUCUCCUCUCUCCGAGCCAUUCUAUCUGCUCUUCAGUCAAAUUCCAUCUAUCGGCUAAAGAGGACAUGGGCCGCAGUCAGCAGGGACAACCUAAACAUCUUCCACAAGUUAUCCGCCAUCUUCUCAGAUGAAAAUAACCAUGAGAUGAGCCGUGAAAUCCUGACAAAGGACGAGAUCCCGCUCCGUAGGACACACAGCGCACGCAACGAGCCCCGCCCACUUCAGAGGUCAGCGUCACAAGUUCGCUCCACGAGACCAGCUCAGGGUACGGUGCCUUAUCUUGGAACAUUUUUGACGGACCUUGUCAUGUUGGACACUGCACUUCCUGACUAUGUAGAGGGUGGGCUUAUAAACUUUGAGAAGAGGAGAAAGGAAUACGAAGUUCUGGCCAAAAUUCAGAAGCUACAGCUUACCUGUCGCCAUUUUGUCCUGACGCCAAAGCCUGAAAUCUUACAAGCUUUUUACAUGCAUCGUCAGCUGACCGAGGACCAAAGCUACAGAAUCUCUCGCACUAUUGAGCCGCCGGCAGAUUCCUGUCCAAAUUCCCCUCGUAUCCGCAGGAAACUGACCAAGAGGUUCAGCUCCUUGUUAUUAGGUUCUGAAGUGUUUAGUCCUAAGAUGAAUGGGGAUCGUGUGUCUCCGUCGGGAUCCUGCAGCAGCUGUGAGAUUGAUGAAGGACUUAUAGCAGCUCUGUGUCCUGCAGAGACGGCCACCAAUAAGGACAGAGGAAGCACACAGGAAGUUCUGACUCCGCCAGGCACUCCAGGACGAGAGGAAGCUCUCCGAUCUGUCCCUUCACCCCGUUCCCCAGUCUCCCCAUCACUCCCAGUGUACAACCAGCAAAUCGCUGACCUGUGUAUUAUCCGGGUUAGCAUGGAGAACACUCAUGGGAAUUUGUACAAGAGUAUACUGCUCACCAGCCAGGACAAGUCUCGGGUAGUCAUACAGAGGGCUCUCCAUAAACACAACAUAGAAUCCUAUGGCCCUGAUGACUUCCAGUUGGUACAGUUACUAUCAGAGGGUAAAGAACUGACCAUCCCGGACACGGCCAAUGUGUACUACGCCAUGAACACCUCCGCCAAUUUUGACUUUGUCCUGAGAAGAAGAGUAAGGUACAGCUGACCUUACACAACGUCAUCCGGGGGUAAAAGACCGGAGCGAGCUUCCCCCUGCUCAGCAGAUCUACUAUACAUGAUUGUUACAUGUAUCACAAGAGACUUGGAUCCUCCUCGUAUUACACCUGUAUUAUAAUAUACAGGAUUAUUACACACUCCUUACCUAGCCUGCCGCAAGAGGCCUCGUCAUACCACACUCCAGUUAUAAUAUAAUAGUAUAUAUUUUUUUAAUCACUAGUGUGCUUAUAUCAGGUUAUGUACUGUAUUGUGAGUUCCUGCACUGAAAGUUACAAAUCAGUUCCACGCAGCUAUGGGUAUAUUUGCAGUCACGGUCUUUGGGCGAGAUCUCAAAAACCUUCAGGCCAUGAACUCCCCCAUUGAGGCAAUCAUAAGCUUUAAUUUACACCGCAGUGUGCCAACACUCAUAAAAGAUAAGAGAAUCUUCCA